AUGAGGUACCAAUUAUCGAUCCUCGGUGAUGAGACGAGGCUGGAUCCCCAGACCUUCACUGCUUUCACGGUAUACAUGGUUAGUGUUGUGACACAGUAUAAACAAUGGAAUAUAUAUAGACGGUAUAGUCAGUUUCAUGAACUGGACUCUACUUUAAAGAUAACCUGUCCAAAGGUCAAGUUAUCCAAACUGCCCAAGAAACAUCUGUUCAAGACGGGCACUAAUCGCGACCUCGUCGAGGAGCGGAAACGACUGUUACAAAAGUACCUAAACGACUUGGUCAAGAACGACUGCAUCGAUGACAGCGAGGAGCUGGCACAAUGGCUGGCGCCAAUGAAUGACCCAGACUUUACAUCAUUGUCUGAUCCUGAGAAGGAGGGAUACUUGAUAAAGGAGGGACAUGUUAUUAGGAACUGGAAGAAACGAUACUUCAUAUUGAAGGACGGACUCAUAUACUACUUCAAGCAUCAAUCAGACCCUGAACCCAAGGGUAUGAUACCAAUCGUGGGCAGCACCAUCAAGCGAAUGGGCGAGACAGAGCGCAAGUUCACGUUCCAGAUCAAUCACGACCUGUUCCCCGUCUUCACGAUUCAGGCCCACAACGAGAUCGAGUGCAGCGAGUGGAUUGCUGCCAUCGAACUGUCGCAGCAACGCAUUCACGAGCAGCAGGUGGCCGACGAGCUGGAGGCGCUCGAGCGUCAGAAGAACAACAUGGGCGCCACCAUCAAGAAGUCCGGCUCAUUGGACUUCUCGGCGCUGUCGAGCGCGUCGGCGCCCACAUCGCCGCUGCAGUCAUCGUCGGUGCCCUCAGAGUACAGCCGACGUCCGCCACAGAAAUCAAAGUCAGAGUUCAAUCUGCUGGCAUCGCACUCCCUAAGUCUCGUGGGAGACCGCAUGUCCAACAGGAUACCCGCGCCAUCAGCCGCGCACAGCUCCGACGACGACGAAUCCUCGUCUGAUUCGUGUACUUUUACUUCAACAACAACAACAUCGAACACAAACAACAACCCUACGCAACUCAUCAUUAGUACUACUACCAACAACAACAACAACAACAGCAGCAGCACCAGCGGCAGCAGCAAAGGCAACCGAGCUUCACCAAACGCAUCCCCACUGAUAGGUGGAGGUACGUCCGCAUCGACAUCUCCCUCUCUUUUUUCCUCCUCCUCCUCCUCCUCCCAGACAUCCACUUCCUCCACCUCUGUAUCCCAGACAUCCACCUCCGUUUUCUCCGCCAUCAACAACUACUUGAAUCCCAACAAGUCCGUCUCACCCAAGCUUUCACCAAAGCAAUCUCCCAAGACACCGCCCGGCACUCACACGCGCAAUCGUUCGUCGCCGGCCGUCUUGCCUCUCAACCUCACUCAAUCAACAUCCACGUCCGAACAACAAAACAACAACAACAACAAAUCACAGUCCUCACGCAUCCCAACCAUACUCAACAAGCACAUAUCAUACCUGAAACAGCAAGAGUCCAAUCCAUCAUCGUUGUCAUCGUCAUCCUCGUCGUCGUCGUCUUUUUCAUCGACUUCGUCGUCGUCGUCGUCGCUCAGCAGCACUCAGCAGACGACCAGCCUGGCAGAGUUCAUCAACAACAAGAAGGAUCACAAAUCACUCAAGAGCAAGCGAUCGCGUGCACUCACGCUGCCAGUCAAGCCCAACGAAUCGAUACUCAGCAGCACGCCAGGAGGCGGCGCCGACCAGGAGCAGGGCAAGGAGCGCAAGUACAACUCUGACCGCAAGAACCGAUUCUCCACCGAGAGCCGGCCAUCAUUCGACAUCAACCUCAAGAUCCUGUCGUCCAAGGACAACGUCGAUCGCGGCAUCAAGCGCUUCCUCGAGUCCAUGGACGGUGUCACUGUGGAGGCCGAGAACAAGCACGUUGUGUCAUCCCUGCGUGUCAUUGCCAAUCAGAUCCUUUCCAUGUCGGUGUAUCUGCAGCGCGAGCAGUGUCAACAGUUAGUCAACUCGAUCCAGAUGCUCUCGUUUGGCUGCACAAAGAAGGGCACGGCCACAGCGCUGGUCUCGCGUCUUUUGUUCAUCUUCUCAGAGUUUGCUCGUGUCGUCGACGUUCUGAAUCCUACGCGCCACGUUGACAUGGUGGACCCGUCGCUGAUGACCCGCUCGCUCAUCUCGAUGAGCACCGACUUGUUCAACAACGAGCGCCUGUCAAAGAGUUUGCAGGGCUUCAACACCGGUGCACUCUCACCUCCCGACGAGUACCAACCACAGCCGCAGGCGGCCUCCUCCUACGUCGAGCCAAACGAGUUGCUCAAGGGCUCAACCACCAGCAGCAACACUAGCAGCAGCCAGAGCAGCAUCAACAACUUACAUGAUCUGAUACAGAGCAGCUCGAGUGUUGGCGACCUCUCAAACAUUGCGACGCCCGAGCUGGCGCAACACCAGGACAUCCAGAGGUCUGGACUGUCAGAGAUGAUGCGCCAGUCUGCGGCGGCAUCGGCCGCAGCAGCUUCAGCAAUGAGCCCUGCCAUGAUGGCCGCCACCAACGGUCCCGAGCUGCUCACCUCGGACUUAGUCUCAGCAUCGCUCUCAUCACCUCUGGCCGAUCAGUCCAAGAUCUUUGUCUGCCGUAUCUGCGAGGACUCGUAUACACGCGAGCAACUCAAGGUUCAUACGCCACUGUGUGCACUGACCAACGAGCACGACUUCCGACACAACUCACACGACGAACGACUCAAAUCGAUGCUCAAUCUCUCAAAGGGUAUCCUGCUCGACUCGCUGUCCAGCCCCGACAAGUCACAUGCAAGUUCGUUCUACAUCGACGAUCACAUUAUCUCCCAGCUGGAGCACAUCGUCGACGAGGUCAGGCUGAUUGUGUAUGGCAGCAAAGAGGCCGCAAACCGUUGCCAAUCGUUCAUUGAGCAGCUUCAGCGACUGAUUGGCGAGAACCCCAGCGACAUGCCAUUCAUCACGUUUGGCAAGCGGAUCUGCAAGAUCAUGGAUGAGAAGAAGUCGACCUAUGUACAAUACUCACAGAUUCAGACGGUGACCGCUGCGUCCGAGGUCACAACCGCCAACGCCAAAGGCAAGGCCAAGCAGCAGUUCUCCAUGUGGGGCCUGCUCCCAUUCAUCAAGUCAAUGUCACCGUCUCCGUCACCGCAGAAGGAGGUGCCCUCGCCUGUGACUGUGGCGCCCGCGCCAACACCCAACGCGCAGCAACAGGAGGGUUCACAGCAGCAGCAUAGCCACUCAAUCUCUGACUUUGAGAUCAUCAAGCCCAUCUCACGUGGCGCCUUUGGCCGCGUCUAUCUGGCUCAGAAGAAGAAGACUGGCGACCUGUACGCAAUCAAGGUGCUCAAGAAGCUCGACACGAUCAGGAAGAACAUGGUGGACCACGUCAUCAUUGAGAGGAACAUCCUCGCCGCAGUUCAGAACCCAUUCGUCGUCAAACUCUUUUACGCGUUCCAGUCGGCCGACAAGCUUUAUCUGGUCAUGGAGUAUCUGAUUGGUGGUGACUGUGCCUCGCUGCUCCGCGCGCUUGGUUGCUUCGAGGAGACAAUGGCUCGCCACUACAUCGCCGAGACUGUCCUGUGUCUAGAGUAUCUGCACAAACAAUCGAUCAUCCACAGAGACCUUAAGCCUGACAACAUGCUGAUCGACUCCAAGGGCCACAUCAAGCUGACGGACUUUGGCCUGUCCAAGAUCGGUAUCAUUGACGACUCGCACGACUCCCAGUGGUCGCCAACCAUCGCCUCGGUGCCAAUGGGCAUCGUCACUAAUCAUGCCCAGCCGCCCACAAACUACCCGAGGAAGGCGACACUCAAGAAGAAGUCUGCCACCAAGAAGGUAGUGGGCACGCCCGACUACCUGAGUCCAGAGAUCCUUCUCGGCACAGGUCACAGCACACCAGCUGAUUGGUGGGCACUCGGCAUUAUGCUCUACGAGUUCCUCACAGGUGCUCCACCCUUUAACGAUGAUUCUCCAGAGUUAAUCUUCCAACAUAUUUUAAACCAAGACAGAGAGAUCGAAUGGUCCGACAUUAGCCACGACGCAAAGGACCUGAUAUGUAAAUUGCUUAAUCCAAUACCUCAUCUACGUUUGGGUGCUAAUGGUGCCGACGAGAUCAAGAAGCAUCCAUUCUUUGCCGGUGUGGACUGGGAGAAUUUGAUUGAUCAGAACAUGGAGAGCAUCUUCUUGCCCAAGCCCGAGAGCGACUUUGACACAGACUACUUCUGGGAUCGCCAGUCGAUGUACAACGACGACGAUGGCGCCGACAGCGACCCCAUGCUCAACAAGAGCAGUGGCGGCCAUGCCAAUGGCGGCACUGGAUCGGAUGAUUCGCGAUGUGACAGUGGAGGUGAGUCGUCGCACACUGGUCGACAUAUCAAGUCAGAGGUCGAUCUAUUGCGCUCGUCAGUUGGCGACGACAUGGAUCAGCAAUCCAAGGACAUGCUCAACUUUGGCAACUUCUCCUUCACCAACAUCAACCACCUCAAAGACAUGAACAAUCUGUUCCUCAAGCAGUCCAAUGGUGGAUCCGGCACCAAGUACAUUUAA